AUGGGUGCCAAAGGUAGCCGUCAACAGCAGGAGGAGCGGCAGCAGGUUACUGAGACGCCGGAGACCUCACCAAGGGCUGCAUUUGCAUCAAGGAAUUCACGAUCAUUUUCCGGUGGGCGUUUGACCCGGUCCUUCUCAUCAUUGGAUAUCCUGGGAAGGGGAAAGAAUCUCGAAGAGCUCGAGAAUUUCUUAGGCCAAGUCCCACUCUUCAGAUGCUUGCCAAGAUCCAAGCUAACUCUUUUGGCAGAAGCUGGGCAAAAAAAGAAAUAUGUCACCGGGGCUGUCGUCAUCCAGGAGGGAGAAGAAGGUGAUUGCUUCUACAUCAUCCAGCAUGGUGAAGCAGAGGUGGUUAAAGAAGGGUCCGAAGAACAAGAGGACGAUGAGGAGCUCCUCGUAGUACUUUCAAAAGGGGACUUUUUCGGAGAACGUGCUCUCUUGACGAAGGACGUGCGAGCUGCAACAGUCCGUGCAGGGUCGCCACUCUCUCUUAUCGAGAUUUCACGUGAAGUCUUUGAAAGCAUGGGGUUGAAAGAGGAUCUGGAUUUCCGUGGCCGCAAUGCCAUCCGGGUGGAAGGCCACCAAACCGUAAAGACGAAGCCUCCGACUGCAAAAUCCCCGGCUGAUCGAAAAUUCAUUCUGGACGCUCUUGCAGGGAACGAGAACAUUUCCCAGUUCUUGAACGUGCAUUCCAUGCCUCAGCUAUCGAGCCCUGCCUGGAGAGAAGACAUAACUGUGGGUGAAGAGGUCAUUCGCCAGGGCGACUCGACUGCUGACUUCUGCUACAUCAUUCAGAGUGGCGAGUUUGCUGUCAUCAUUGACGGGAAAGUUGUCGGGCAUUUGAACAAGGGAAACUGCUUUGGCGAGCUGUCGCUACUAUAUUCAGCUCCGCGAACUGCCACGAUAAAGGCAACAAAGAACUCCUCCAUAUGGGUCUUGCCUAGGGGCUGGCUGAAGACCGCAGCACAAGAAUCCGCGGCUCACGCUGCGAAAAAGCGCUUGGUCUUCCUGAAUCACGCACCAGUGCUCGACAUGCUGUUGCAAGACGAGAAACGUCUCCUGGCACCGAUGCUCUCCGAGUGCCACAUGAAGCAGAAGGAAGAGAUCGUGGGCUUCGGUGAGGAGGAGGCUUCCUUGUACAUUCUGAUAGACGGCUCUGCACGGAUCUUGGAAGAUGACCUAAAUGUCAUAGUGACGGCUGGAUUCUCGCCCAGUGAACUCCAGGUUCACACCUUUUGCGAGAAGGCCUUGUGCGGCCCAGGGCAUGCCAGUCCGCGGAGUGUGAAGAUCACUUCUCCCACGGCCACUUGUUACAAACUGGAUGGUGUUGCAUUCGCAGCCACUUUUGGGUCAUACUGGGACAUCAUCAAUCAGAGCAAGAGGGGAUUUGACUUCAUUGGCCUAGAAAGCCAAACGCGUGGGCACUCUGUGGACACUUCCACAUUGCUUUCGCUUCGCAAGAAGGAUCUGAGAAAGAUCGCACCCCUUCGCAAUGGACAAUUCGGCGGCCUGGAGCUCUGGCAACAAACACGCACAGGCGAGCCCUACAUGGUGAAGUCGGUCUCCAAGGGAUACGUUGUCGAACAGGCUUUGCAAGAAAGAGUCUUGCAGGAGCGAGAUACGAUGCUUCUUUUGGACCAUCCCUUCAUCAUCAAGCUGUUGCAGACCUUUUCUGGUGAACAGAACGUGUACUUUCUUAUGGAGACAGCCUUGGGGGGUGAUCUGCACAGUGUUUACCUGACGAAUGCGCUGCACGGAUCCAACCGCCAUGCGCAGUUUUAUGCUGCUUGUAUCUUGUUGGCCUUAGAACAUAUCCACAGCCGGAAGGUUGCCUACCGAGACUUAAAACCGGAGAAUGUUUUCCUGUCUGCAAACGGCUUCGUGAAGCUGGUGAAUUUCGGCUUGGCGAAAGUGGUGAACGGCAGGACAUACACAAUCGUCGGCACGCCAGAAUAUCUGGCACCAGAAAUCAUCGGCGCCUUCGGGCACAAUCAUGCGGUGGACUGGUGGGCGUUCGGCAUCUUUAUUUUCGAGUGCUUGUCUGGCAAGACUCCUUUCGAGGAUACCAACCCGAUGCAAGCGUUCGGGAAGGCGAUGGCCGGCAUCGAAAAGAUACCAAGCUUUCCCUCAAAGGUGAACCCAGCAGCCGAGCGAUUCAUCCGGGCUCUUCUGAAGAGAGAGCCUGGUCGACGGCUGCCCAUGAAAGGCGUGGCAAACGUUAAGCAGGCGGACUGGUUCGUCGGCUUUGACUGGAGACAGCUCACAAGGCAGGAAAUGGUGCCGCCCUUCCAGCCCUCGUUGGAAAGCAAUCUGGAUACAAGCAACUUCAACAAGGAAGAAGUGUUCACAGCACCUUCGGCGCCUUUCGUGGAUGACAACAGUGGAUGGGACAGGAACUUCCCAAUAUGGGGAGUUCAGCCCGGCCUUGCCAACACGGUGCGGGGUGCGGCUGUGUCGCAGAUCAACCAGAAGCCGCUUCAGCAAGCUCUCGGCUUUGCAUUUCAGCCCACAAGACUCAGCAAGCACAGCCCGGGCAUGGAGCUCAUCGAGGCCACGCGGGGCCUCAUGGGCCUCGGCACGUGCCAGAAAGUCCGCCUUCUGUCGCUUGGGCUGAGACCGCCAGAUAUGAUGGUACUAGAGAAGGUUAUUGGAAGUCUAGGCUUUCCACCGCUCGACAGGCUUUAUGUUUAUCGCCGGCCUCGCCGGACAAGCUUCCCGGUCUAUGCCGGUGAUCUGGCUGAGUUUGCGGAACCGUGCGUCACUGGCUUUUGUGCACCGACCUUCGAUGGCCGCGACCACAAGCAUGGCUCGACGGCGCCUCACAGGGCACUCAACGCAGGAUUCGGCGAACAGACUGCGGACCUUCGCUGUCUCGGCCUCGCAGGCCGCCUGCAAUUGGCCCAGAAGUCGAUGUCGGUUCCGAGUGCUGUUCAGCUUUGCUGCAGCUGCGGCUCUGCAGAGGAGAGUCUUUCGUUUGGCAUGGCUGCUGAAAUGUCCCUGGAACGCCUCGCAGAGCUCAGCACCCAGGGCGCCAAGCCGCUAACAGUGCGUGAUGCCUUGCAGUCCCAGCAGCGGCCCGCAGACCACCAGCCGCGCUCUGAGCGACCCGACACACCAGCAGAGAGCUUCACCUCACUGCGAACGUCCUUUCGAGAGGAGCCUGUCAACCUCACGCGUGCGCUCGCAUCCAUGGAGCAUUCGACAGAGGGCAUGAGAGACUCUGCUGGUGCCAGUGUACGCAAGAUUGAAACCGGACUCUUGACAUGCAUCGCGCGCCCGGACCACACGCCUGUAAUCACCCACUUAUGUUUUGCCGUGAAAGCCUCGUCCUUGCCAUGGCGCCGCCGCCUGCAAGAGGGGAGGCGGUGA